AUGGUCAAUGAGACCCAGCAUACCUGCAGUGCCAGCUCCAGCUCCAAGUCUGAUGGUGGCAGCAGCAGUGGGAGUGAGAGCUCCAAGGACAGCUCACGCUGCUCCACCCCUGUCCUCGAUGCUGACCGUCACGAGCGACUGCGGGAUAAGAUGCGUCGUCGGCAGGACUCUGGAGACAAGUGGUUCUCCCUGGAGUUCUUCCCUCCACGCACAGCCAACGCUGCUGUCAAUCUCAUCUCCAGGUUUGACCGCAUGGGAGCAGGUGGGCCGCUCUUCAUUGAUGUGACAUGGCACCCUGCAGGGGACCCAGGAUCUGAUAAGGAAACCUCUUCCAUGAUUAUUGCCAACACUGCAGUCAACUACUGUGGCCUGGAAACCAUCCUGCACAUGACAUGCUGCAACCAGACCAAGGAUGACAUCACAGGACAUCUGCAGAAGGCCAAGCGGCUUGGGUUGAAGAACAUCAUGGCACUGCGUGGAGAUCCUGUGGGUGAGGAGUGGGAGGAAGAGGUAGAUGGCUUCAACUAUGCUGUUGACCUGGUUAAGCACAUUCGCAAUGAGUUCGAUGAUUACUUUGACAUCUGUGUGGCAGGCUACCCCACAGGUCAUCCUGAAGCAGAGAGCUAUGAGGAAGACCUGAAGUACCUGAAGGAGAAAGUCUUUGCUGGGGCAGACUUCAUCAUUACACAGCUUUUCUUCAGAUCAGAAACCUUUUUCAAGUUCAUGAAGGAUUGCCAAGCCAUUGGCAUCACCUGCCCCAUUAUUCCUGGCAUCUUCCCUAUACAGGGUUACCAUUCUCUACGCCAGCUGGUGAAGCUGUCCAAGCUGGAAGUGCCUCAAGAAAUCAAAGAUGUGAUUGAACCCAUCAAGGACAAUGAUGCAGCCAUUCGGAACUAUGGGGUGGAGCUGGCAGUGUCCAUGUGCCGGGAGCUGUUGGACAGUGGCAUGGUGCAUGGGCUCCACUUUUACACUCUCAACCGGGAAGUGGCUACUACAGAAGUCCUAAAGCGCCUGGGCAUAUGGAAGGAGGACCCCAGGAGGCCUCUGCCCUGGGCUGUCAGUGCUCACCCCAAGAGAAGAGUUGAAGAUGUCCGGCCAAUCUUCUGGGCUUCCAGGCCAAAGAGCUACAUCUAUCGAACCCAGGAAUGGGACGAUUUCCCCAACGGCCGAUGGGGUAACUCCUCCUCUCCAGCCUUUGGAGAAUUGAAAGACUAUUACCUCUUCUACCUGAAGAGCAAGUCUCCCCGGGAGGAGCUUCUGAAGAUGUGGGGAGAAGAGCUGACUUGUGAGGAAAGCGUCUUUGAGGUGUUCACGUGUUACAUCACUGGAGAACCCAACAAGAAUGGGUACAAGGUUACAUGUAUGCCCUGGAAUGACGACCCUCUUGCUACUGAAACCAACCUUCUGAAGGAGCAGCUGGAGAAGGUUAACAGACGAGGAAUCCUGACCAUCAACUCUCAGCCAAACAUCAAUGGCAAACCAUCCACAGACCCCAUUGUAGGCUGGGGGCCCAGUGGGGGUUAUGUCUUCCAAAAGGCAUACCUGGAGUUCUUCACCUCCAGUGAGAUCGUCACGGCACUGCUCAAAGUGCUGAAGAAGUACGAGUCACGAGUGAACUACCACAUUGUCAAUGUCCAGGGCCAGAAUAUCACCAAUGCUCCAGAUCUGCAACCCAAUGCUGUCACCUGGGGCAUCUUCCCAGGAAGAGAGAUCAUCCAGCCCACUGUAGUGGAUCCUGUAAGCUUCCUCUCCUGGAAGGAUGAGGCCUUUGCACUGUGGAUUGAGCAGUGGGCCAAGCUCUAUGAAGAGGAGUCGCCGUCCCGCAUGAUCAUCCAGUACAUCCAUGACAACUACUACUUGGUCAACCUGGUGGACAAUGACUUCCCACUUGAAAACUGCCUCUGGCAGGUUGUGGAUGAUACUUUUGAGCUGUUGAAUUCUCCAACUCAGCAGUGAAAAUUCC